AUGAACGAGGGCUCCAAAACUCCGAGCAGAUACGUAAGAUCCAUCUAGGAUACUCUAAUGCUGAUUGACUGGGUAAACUCGCUAGACAUUUCUUCAUGUACUUUGGUCGACGCUCUCGAAGACUUGAAAUCUGGUGCAGUUGUGGGGGAUAUAAUUGCAUGAAUGAAAAACAUCCCUUGCAUCAGAGGAAUUGAGCGAGUUCUAGUCUCCCAGAAUGAAGCAAUAAACAACUGGGUUAUUGUUUUGAAAGAACUUGAAGGAAUUCUGCCUAGAUCUUUCCAAGAAAUCGACCCUCAAGAUUUAUAUGAAGUAAGGUUUAUGAAGGAUGACGUCGCUUUGAUGCAUUUUUUGAGAUUCCUGUCUAAUCUUGAUAAUAAAGAAGAAGAAAAAAUACAAAAAGAUAUGCCUAUGGCUCAGAAUUUCAGGCCAGAAACUCCAGCGAGCACAAUUCAUGUGAGAAAUGACUCUGCGGUCACAAACAGGUAUCAGGAAUCCCCGAGAAAUAGUGAAGCAACCACUCCAAGUCGUGUGUCUUCAGUCCCUGCCAAAAAUAAUGAAAAAACUCCUCACUCCCCCUCCGUUAGCGAAUAAAAAAAUUUUGUUCGCUUAUGGAAGGGGUUAAAUUUUUUUUGGAAAUUUAAAAAAAUCCGAAUUGGAAAGUAAAUAUUAAUUUAAUUUAUGUUUUAAAAUGCAAGCAGCUUAAAAAAUUAAACAGAAUUAGCUAGAGAUUUUAUUAUACUAAUUAUCAUAUAUAUAUCAAAUAUUUUAUAUUAAAAUAUUUUUUGUUCGCUCACGGAGGGGGCUUUUAGGCAAAAACAAAUUUUUUUCCAAUGGUUUUGUUCGUUCACAGAGGGGGAAUCAGAAAAAUAUGGGCAAGCCACCCAUUCCUCCAUCUGUAAAUACCCCUAUAAGAAAAUCCACAGGCAAUUUGCAGGUGAAAAUUGAAGAUAAUUCUGAUAAUGAAAAGCAUGUGGAGAAAGCAGCUAAAUCAGAAGAUUAGAUUAGCUUAGAUUAAAGUUAGAAGGGACAUCGGGGCUUAUUUCAGCGCUCUCCACCUUCACCGACUUCUGACUUCCCUCCCGAAGCAUCGGGUUGCAUUUAUGCCCUUUUGUGUUGACGCCACUAAAAAAUGAUUCCGAGUAUGUGGGUAAGGACAGGUCGGAUAAGUCACCAUUUUAUUUCUGUUAGACCAGAAGAAGAAAUAGAAAACCCUCAAGAGCCAGUUCCUCGGCAGCAUAUAAACUCAUAUUUUUCAAAGAAAAAAGAAGACUCCCACAUCUCAGAUACCCCACUGAAGCCUCCAGAACAAAGCAUAUGUGAUGCCCAGCCAGUCCCAGAAAUAGUCCAAGAAGCUGUUAUAGAAUGGCUUGAAAGCUUACAACUAGUCCGCAAAGGGUCUUUAAAUUAUCAGCUCUUGCCAAAUGUAUGCAGGACAGGGGUGCUGUUCUGUGAUGUCAUCAAUAGACUUGAAGGCCGUAAAGAAGCAAUUAAAGGUGUUGAGAGAGCUCCAAAAAACCGUACACAAGCUUUAACGAAUGUUAAUAAAGUCCUUGAAUUUUUAAGAACCCACCCCAAAAUGAACUCGCGCUAUUUAUGAUCAGGGAAAAAUAUCCUUGAAGGGGAUGAGUAUAUAAUUUGGGGUCUUCUAGAAGACAUCAAAACCUACUAUACAAUUGCACCGAGGGUCAAUAAUAACAAUAAAUCAAGAAAUGAGGUAAAAUCAAGAACUUCUCCAAAUACUUCGCUUGUCAUUUCUCCACCGUUUACAGCACAGCAAAGCACAAUUUUAAGCAUUCCUCAGAGCUCACCCCAAAACAGAAACACUUCAGCACCUCAUAAAACACAAAUCUCAAGCCAGUCACCCCAAGAAUUAGCCAUCCCAAAGUCAUUUUUACAAGAAAAAAGCAAAAAUUUAAGAUCAUAUGCAGCUUCAGCGAGGUCAAGGACUCCAGGCUCACGGUCGACACCCACUUCUCAUACCCCCAGGACUAACUCUCCUCGUUCUAUGAGGCCUCCUUCUGCUUAUUCCUCAAAGAAAAAUUCCUUUUCGGCCCAGCAUUUUAUUCCUGAAGAAGCCAAAAAACAAAUAAGACUGUGAUUAUUUGCUUUGGACAUUGACUACGACGAAAUUUACGACAAUAAAUACUCAGAUCCCCUGAGAAAUGGCUUACUGCUAUGCGAGCUGAUGAAGGUCCUUGAAAAUGUUCAAAUAAAAAUAAACCCAAACCCUAGGAACGAAAAAGCAAUUAAAGAAAACUUCGAAAAAGCAUUAACAGUGAUGCAAGAAAAAAGAACAGAAAUCCCAGAAUUUAUUUAUAGUGAUUGUGAGAUUUUGCUUAAAAAUGUUGACGCUAUAUGAAGUUUGUUGUUUUCCUUAAUGUCUGCGUACCCACAAGCUGUUUCUGUUGCUUAUCAGCCUUGCUCUUUACCAUAUGGUGCGCUAGGUGUAAAAAAAUUGGAGACUGCAAUAGUAAAUUGGCUAAACUCAUUAAGCAUUUUUAACCCUGAAAAUCAGCCGAACUCAUUUUUUGAAAUUCUUUAUGACCUAAAAACAGGAGUUUUGCUAUGUGUUUUAAUAUCCAAGCUUUGUGGCUGAAAAAUUCAAAACGUGAUAAAAAAUCCCAAAACUGAGCAGACUUGUUUAAAUAAUAUUAGAAAAGCACUGGAGGUGUUGAGGAAGAUGCCAAAAAUGUCUCAGAAAUUCACAUGAAGCGAAAAAGAGAUAUUAAAAGGGAACUGCAGCGUCAUUUUAGGGCUGCUUGAAGAUAUUUACAGGUGCUACGACGGGCUGCCUACCAGGAAAGCUGGAUCAGAAUAUCAUGCAGAUGGGCCUUAUUUAGGCAAAGAGCAGCUUUACGCUACCAACGAGUCAAAAAUCCCCAAAGACCUCCAACACAUAAGAACCCCUUCAUGGAAAGCCAAACAAGAGGAUUCUUUUACUGGGACUUUUGGGUCUAACGACACCCCUCGAGAGCAGAACCCCAAAAAGCGAGUUUCCUAUAGCGAAAAAAACCUCUCGCCAAGUCACCAUAUCAUUGAGUCACAUUAA